AUGGACGCUAAACCUGCCACUUUCUCCUUGGCCUCUGCGCCUGUUGCGUCUCCCGCAAAGUCCGAGAGUGCUUCCAAGCCCAAGCCCUGCUGCGUAUGCAAGGAUGAGAAAGCAAAGCGUGAUGAGUGUAUGCUUUUCUCAACAGCCAAGAACCCUGCUGCCGACUGCGUAUCCCUCGUCGACCAAUACAAGAGCUGCAUGCAGGGCUUCGGUUUCAGCGUAUAA